UGGGGUGGGGGGGUUAUUUAGAGUAGAUUACAUUAUGUGGGUGGUUUUUGGGCCAACAGUCCUGUACAGCCCGUGCGCCCCAUACAUUCUUGCAUAUUAAAAACACUGGAGUCGGACUAUACAUGGACUACUAUGACAUGUCACCACCAAACGUUACUGCCGCUGGAUACUGCUCGUUCUUGACUAGCCUAUUUGCUUGUUGGGGAAACCACGUUUUUUUUUUAUCGGUGUAAUGCAAUAUGGGGGUUUACAGUGAAGGUGUAGUAGCCCCGUCCCAAUGUCUUAAUGUCAAAAAAUGCUGCCAGCAUAUUGGUAUAAUGACGCAGAUCGACUGUACAAUGAUUGUAUGCACUGUAAUUAGGCCCAUCUCUCUUAUUAUUAAAAUGUUAUCCAUAACCUACCACAGAGCUAACGAUUUAAAAAUAAUAUAGAAAUUCGUCACACACCUGUCAUUAUUUUGUUGUGGGUUAGUUGAAUAAUGAGACGGACAGAGUUAAAUGUUGAUCUGUAAAUACUUAGGAUGUCAUUGAAAAUACAACCAACCAUUUGUGUAUAAAACCCCACCCAAUUCUAUAAUAGCCUUUUAUUGGUAGGUAUGUUGUGUAAAUCCAGUCCCCCUUUUAGUUGCCGAUUGUAAUUGGUCAGUGGUGACGACAAUCUCAACUCAUAUUCCCGCCUACCGAGGAGAUCAAGUUUGAAUGAACAACAGCAGUCUGUUCAAGGAGUAGUUGUUGCAAUUUCAGUAAAAUAUUUUAAAGUCUGUUUACUUGGUUAAUCAAACCGUUGGACUGGUUUUCUCAAGAUGGAUAUGAAGAAAAGAAUUCAUCUAGAAUUGCGGAAUCGUACGCCAUCUGAUGUGAAAGAACUGGUGCUUGAUAACUGCCGCUCAAACGAGGGCAAGAUUGAGGGCCUAACAGAUGAAUUUGAAGAAUUGGAAUUCCUAAGCACAAUCAAUGUCGGGCUGACGUCAGUUGCCAACCUUCCGAAGCUAAACAAACUGAAAAAGCUUGAACUCAGUGACAACAGGAUCUCGGGUGGGCUGGAAGUGUUGGCGGAAAAAUGCCCAAACCUCACACACCUCAAUCUGAGUGGCAACAAAAUCAAAGACCUCAGCACCAUAGAACCUCUGAAAAAAUUAGAGACCCUCAAAAGUUUAGACUUGUUCAACUGCGAGGUGACCAACCUCAAUGAUUACCGAGACAACGUGUUCAAGCUCCUCCCCCAGUUGACGUACCUCGAUGGCUAUGACAAAGAUGACAAGGAGGCGCCCGAUUCGGACACAGAGGCGUACGUGGAAGAACUGGACGAUGACGAUGACGAAGACGAUGAAGUAGAUGAGGAGGAGGAGGAUGAAGAUGAGGAGGAUGAAGAUGCUCCACCAAGAAAAGAGGAGGAGGAUGACGAUGAGGAAGGUGAAGAAGAGGAAGAGGAAGACCUAAGUGGCGAGGAGGAGGAAGAGGAGGAGUUGGACGGCAAAGACAGUGACGAGGAUGACGAAGAAGAGGAGAGAGGUCAGAAGAGGAAAAGAGAUCUAGACGAGGAGGCAGAGGAGGAUGAAGAUGACUGAAGAUCACCCCCAAGCUAGCUUUAUGUUCUGAUGGGACUGUUUUAACCUUGUAUUCCUCAUCCCCACCCCUCUGUAUUUGUCAGUUGUCUUUUUGCAGUAGGCAUGGGUUGUGUCAUUGUCCAGUUGGGUCAGGGGUUUAUCUAAGGAAACAAGUUGAAUUGCAUUUCUUAUUAUUUUCCUUUUGUACUUUCUGAUUCCCUGUAUUCCACUCUUAACAGUGCCCUACGAUCCACUGGAUGGGCACCAGCGAACAUUUUGUAAAAGUCAAAUAUUAGUGGUUCUAACCUUUGUAAAGGUUUUGUUUUCUCACUGUUAUUGAUACCUUAAAUGUGUAUACCGAUUUGAUGAUGAUUUGUGUAUUUAAAAAGAACAAACUUACCAAAAAAAACGCAUGUCUGAAAUAGAUUUUAAAGUUGACUACUGGAUUUCAAGAAUGACUGUUUCCCUAUGCCCUUAUUUGGUGUAUUUUUAUUUCAGUAUAAAUUAAGCGUUUGUGGUGUCAUCUAUACAUCAUUCCGUAUGUGCUGUUUUUCAGCAUUAAUAGUGUGUUUUAAACAUGUAUAGAAUGGCCUGUGGGACAUCUUUUUAAGCGUAGCUACGAAUGUCUGCCCUUGUCAGAAUGUUCCUCCUCAAACCCCUAGCUUUGAUAGUUCGGAAAUUACGUGUUUGUAAAUACUGACCAAAUCUAUUUUUUUUUUUCUUUCUGCAACGCUUUGAUAAUGGCAGACAUUUACACUUAAUUGUAAUGAUGAACUGUAGUAAGAUAUUGAAUAUCUGUACAGCUGUACCUAAAAUAAGCAAAUUGAAACUGGUAGAUUUCCAUAAUCACACAUUUACAUUUAAUGAAUAUAUUCAUUAUUCACUGAAUCCAACUUCCUGUCAAACACCUACACAUUUUCUUUACCCAUGCAUGUAAUCUCGGCAGUGUUCAAAGAUACAGUCUUAAACCAUAUGUCAGUUCGUGGUCAAAUAGGCCUACCUCAAGUCAUGUUUCCUUUACAUGUUUAAACCCACUGUCAUCACAGCAAAUAUAACAUGAGCCAAAUUUAGAUUUUUCUCCCUUAUGACUUCAAUAAAUAUUUUUUUUAUACAA